GCCCAGGCCGCCCGGCCUCCUGAAUAACCGCCUGCCUCGUACAGGUUCCGGGGCGGCGGGGGAGGACUGCAGCCGGCGUUCUGCUCUGGGCUUGCAGGCGCUCGGCGGGGACGCAGCCGUCUAUACAGGUUCCGGGGCCGGGCCCCGUCUCGUCGGUGCUGGCACUGCUUGUAUAAGAGCCCGGGAGAGAGCGCUGAGCUUGGUCAGUGCUGGCAGACAGGUAGCCGGCUGGACGUGGCCUGUGGGGUCCGUUCCUGCCCGCAACGCUCAGGCACCGGGGGCUCCUGCGGAGGGGGGAGUUCAUCCAGGAAGUGUUGUCCCCAUUAUCUGCCCUGUCUGCAGCCAUGGAGGGCCCAGAGACCCCCGAGGGGGACCACGUCCUGAACCUGGCGCGGCUGGGGCUGGAGAACCUCAACCUGGAGCAGGUGACUGAGGAGAGGAGGAAGGAGGUCCAGCAACUGCUGCUGCCCCACAACCGCCUGGUCUUCCUGCCCACCACUGUGGCCACCUUCUCCCACCUCCACCUCCUGGACAUCAGCAACAAUAGCAUGGCCUACAUUGGCGAGGAGAUCCUGGGCCUGUCCAAGCUGAAGACCCUGCUGGCCAAGAACAACCGCCUGGAUGAGUUCUCCCUGCCCAAGGAGUUGAGCAACCUGAGGCUGGAGGCUCUGAACCUCAGUGGGAACCAGUUUGAGGAGAUCCCCAGUCAGCUGCUCCAGAUACAGACACUCAAGACCCUCUCUCUGGGGGGCAACCGCCUGAAGACCAUCCCAGCUGAGAUAGAGAACCUGCUCAGCCUGGAGUUCCUGUACCUGGGCGGUAACUUCAUCUCCUACAUCCCGCCGGAGCUGGCCAACCUGCCGUAUCUCAGCUGCCUGGUGCUGUGUGAUAACCGCAUUGUGAGCGUCCCCCCGCAGCUGGCGCAGGUGCACUCGCUGAGGUCUCUCAGCCUACACAACAACCUCCUGAGCUACCUCCCCCGUGAGAUCCUCAGCCUGGUCCGUCUGCAAGAGCUCAGCCUGCGUGGUAAUCCACUGGUGGUGAGAUUCGUGCGGGACUUGACCUUCAACCCACCCACGCUGCUGGAGCUGGCGGGGCGCACCGUCAAGAGUCGGGGUAUCCCGUACUGUCCCUGGGAGCUCCCGGAGAACCUGCUGAGAUACCUGGACCUGGCCAGCAAAUGUCCCAACCCGAAGUGCGGAGGUGUCUACUUCGAUUGCUGUGUCCGCCAGAUCAAGUUUGUGGAUUUCUGCGGGAAGUACCGGUUGCCCCUCAUGCAUUAUCUCUGCUCCCCUGAGUGCUCCUCGCCCUGCAGCUCCCUCUCCUCACAGAGCGAGUCUGACUCGGAAGAUGAGGCCAGCGUGGCGGCACGCAGAAUGCAGAAAGUACUUCUGGGCUGAGCGCCACCAGACUCUAAUCCUAGACUCGCCAGAGCGGGCUCUGUGGAAGUGUUGAGGAUUUCAUGCCGUUUCUCUACAAGGUGCCCCCCUCUGCAUCGCCUGAUGGUCGUACUGGCGCAGAGACCCUCUUACUGGCGCAGAGACCACCGGUGCUGUAGAGCCCCCUUACCCAGCACUCUGCUGCCUAGCACAGGAGACGGAAGAUCAGCGUCCGUGUCCUGUAGCCAGUGACUGGCCGGCCAGUGUACUGCCGUCACCGCCAUAUCCUGCAGGAGGACGCACAGCUAUGAUAACGGACGGACGUGAUCUCCUGCCGGGUGAUAAUUAUCAGACCAAUCCGUGUCCUGCAAUACUGACUAAUCCGGAUGUUCUCAUGUCGGCCUCCUGUGUGAGGCUGCACUGACCGCACUUAGAGGCUGCCGCACUUCAUCCCACCUCCGUUGUGUGACGCCGACGUUGGGGGGGAACCUCUGAUCACAUUUCAUUACACGAGUGACAUUGGCUUGUGGUAUUUUUGUAUAUAAAGAGUGUGUACAGGUUGUGACUUUUUUUACCAGUUCUCCCAUGUAACGCCUGAGAAAUAUAGAGUCGUUUAAUCACUGUGAAUAAUACGCAGCGUGGCUGUAACAUUGAGAUUGCCCCAUGUGCCUUUUACAACACGGACGGACCAACGUGCGACAGACUGUUGUCACGAGCGCUGAGACUGUCCCUCUGUGUCCCGGUCUCUGCGUUAUUCUAGUGACUCUAGCACUGGAGAGAACGGUAGUUUUAUAUCUGUGAAUAUCCCGUGCACCCUGAGUUUUCCCUGGGGUGUGCAGUAUUUAGCAGUGUGACGGAUCUUCGGGAGGCUUUCUCUGUAACGUCCAAUAAUGGCUCCAAUUACAACUAAACUGUUAUAAGGUCUGAGCGGAAUCUGCAUCCUGAUGUUUCUCCGUCCUGCGUUGGUGGAGGGGAAUAUACCCCGUCUGUACACAGGGAGUAGUGACUUAUGCUCAGAGUUGUUGUAUUGAUCUUCCAGCGUAAGCCAUAGACUUCAGUGGAACAGUGCCCCCUUCUGGGCAAAAUGUAAGAAAAUGUAACAUUGGGCCUAAUUCAGAUCUGAUCGCAGCAACAAAUUUGUUAGCAGUUGGGCAGAACCAUGGGGGUCAUUCCGAGUUGAUCGCUAGCUACUUUUUGCAGCCGUGCAAACGCAUAGUCGCCGCCCACAGGGGGAGCGUAUUUUCGCUUUCCAAGUGUGCGAACGCCUUGGCAGCCGAGCGCAGCAAAAACAUUUUGUGCAGUUUCUGAGUAGGUCUGGACUUACUCAGCCGCUGCGAUCACUUCAGACUUUUUGGUGCCGGAAUUGACGUCAGACACCCGCCCUCCCUCGAAACUCCUGGACACGCCUGCGUUUUCCCUACCACUCCCAGAAAACGGUCAGUUGCCACCCACAAACGCCCUCUUCCUGUCAGUCACCUUGUGGUCGGCUGUGCGAAUGGAAUCUUCACUAAAUCCAUCGCCCAGCACCGAUCCUCUUUGUACCCGUACGACGCGCCUGUGCAUUGCGGUGCAUACGCAUAUGCAGUUUUGCCAGUUUUUUACCUGAUCGCUGCGAAAAUCGGCAUCGAGCGAUCAACUUGGAAUGACCCCCAUGUGCUCUGCAGGUGUGGCAGAUGUAACAUGUGCAGAGAGAGUUAGGUUUUGGGUGGGGUGUGUUCAAACUGAAAUCUAAAUUGCAGCGUAGAAAUAAAGCAGCCAGUAUUUACCCUGCACAGAAACAAUAUAACCCACCCAAAUCUAACUCUCUCUGCACAUGUUACAUCUGCCCCCCCUGCAGUGCACAUGGUUUUGCCCAACUGCUAACAAAGUUCCUGCUGCGAUCAGGUCUGAAUUACCCCCAUUAUUUUUACAUGCUGUUGCGAUUGAAAGAAUGGUUUCUGUAGUUACUUUAAUCCAUAACCGCUAUAUAAAGAUAUAUUUAUGAA